AUGCCACGGCAAACGCAGUGGGGAGGCGACUCCCCGACGACGGGCCACUCGCCUGCCCACUCCGUCUCUGACAUCACCGUGUCAUCUCGCAAUUACUAUGACUCGGUGCAGGAAGUUCCCUCUUUACACAAUUACCACCAGCGAGGCCAAGCUGAGGAUCCCUUCUUCCAACAACAACAACAACAACAACAACAACAACAAGAACAACACCCUCACCAGUACCAACAACAUCAGCAACAUCAACCGCAACCGCAACAGCAACAGCAACAGCAACAGCAACCGCAACAGCAGCAACAGCAGCAACAGCAGCAGCAGCAGCAGCAGUCUAUACAACUACAGCAACAGAACCGUCAGUUAUCCUUCCACCGGCGGCAGCAGCGACGACAACAACAGCAGAAGCCUCAGUACCAGGCGUACGUUCCUCCAAACCUGGCCCAGGCCUUGCCUCAAGCCCAACCGGAGGCCGAACCAGAACGGCCGCCAGAGCCGCAGCAACUUCAACCAUACUAUCAAGCCCCUUACUACCCUCGAGAUCACGACGGCUCCUGGAGUGACUCGGAGCCUUACGAUAAAAGGUACUAUCUCGAGCACAAGCCGCUGCCCCCGACCCCGCGGACGAACGACCCCGCCGCAAGAACUCGGCGCCCACCAGGAACGUGCGCACCCGGUCAUCCUCCCUCGCAAGCGCCCCCGUCAGACCCCUCCCCCGUUGACGGCUCCCACCAGGAAUCCCAGACGGCUCGAGAGGCGGCAGGGUUCGAGCCAUUCCGCUCGGUAUCCCAACAGCUUCGACGUGGCGAUGGAGAACCUAGCCGACGUGGGCAACUCGCGCUCCGACCUCGACCUGUCGGUAAGCGGGGCCGUCUUUAG